AUGGGGGACGAAGACCGGCCCCGCUCGGGCCCAGGCCCCCGGCGCUGCCGCGUCCCCUCCCACACGCCCGUCGCGGGUCCUACCGAAACUCGGCGGGCUCGCGGUGUCGAGACGCCCCCCGAGAGGGCCCCGGGGAGCCAGGCCGAGAGGGAGGGCCCCGGAGGCCCGGGAAGAGGGGGAAAGGGAGAAAUUCGAGAAACAAGCCUCUCGGGGAGAACCAGACAAACCGGGUUCGGGCAGGGCAGGCGCAGCCUCCAGGGCGGGGCCCCGUCUGGGGCCCCGGGAGUUGGGGGGCGGGCCCACGGGCGGGAGAGGGCACUCUGCCUCGACUGCUCGGGACUCGGAUGGGGGGUAGGGAACCCCGAGGCCCGUGCGCCCCGGCUCCGCCGGGCUGCUAGUGACGCGGCACCCGAGCCCCGGCACCGACGGGAGUCCUGCCCCCGAGGCGGGAGCUCCGCCCUCGGCCCCGCCCAGGCCGGAGCCCCAAAGUCCAGAGGGGGACUGCGGAGUGGAGUAGGGCCCAGCGUGCAAGGCACAUUGGAAGCUCUGCUCCAGCGGCCCGGCUCAUUCCGCACAUUCCGGCCAGCCCCCUCCCCACGACCCCCCUUCCCCGGCCCCCCUCUCCGCUCCCUCGGGCCCGGCGGAGCCGCCCGGCCGGAGCGCCCCCGCGAGAUCGGACCAGGUAAGCCGGGCGGACGCCGGGAGGAGGCCGUGCUGGGAGAGGUGGUUUGCGCCCAGUCCCCGGCCCCGCCGCCCUUUGGACUCCGGAUCGCGCUCUCUCGGAGCCCGCCCGGCUCCAGCUCCACACAGGCCUCGGGCCCAGCCUCCCGGCGCUCAGGCCGGCCCCUGCGCGGGGUGCCCGCAGCUGCGCGGGAUUGUGGAGGCAGAGCCAGGUCAGGCCUGGACUUGUAG